UUGCGAUGGUUUUCUUAGCCAACCCAAGGGAUUCUCAACGAAGGCCAUUCACGUCGGCCAGGAUGCCGAUCAGUGGAACAGCCGAGCGGUCGUUCCACCGAUCAGCUUGUGUGCCACAUUCAAGCAAUCGGCCCCAGCACAGCAUUACGGCUUUAAGUAUGGUCGAGGCGGUAAUCCUACGCGGGACGUUCUCGAACGUUGUCUUGCCUCACUCGACAACGGGCGGUACGGGCUUACGUUCGCUUCCGGAAUGGGCGCUACGACAACGAUCAUAACGAUGCUAAAGAGCGGCGAUCAUAUGGUGGCAGGUGAUGAUCUUUACGGCGGUACCAAUCGGUUGCUACGCAACGUAGCCAUGAACAUGGGCAUUGAAAUCGAUUUCAUCGAUCUUACCAAUCUAAAGUUGGUCGAAAAGGCGAUCAAACCGAACACGAAGCUGUUCUGGAUGGAAACGCCGACCAAUCCGUUGCUGACGGUGGUGGAUAUCCGUGCCGUUUCGGAUAUUGCUCACAAGCGUCCGGGUAUCGUCGUAGUGGUGGACAACUCGUUCCUUUCGUCGUACCUUCAGCGUCCGCUCGAGCUCGGUGCCGACGUCGCAAUGUACUCGCUGACGAAGUACAUGAACGGACACUCUGACGUAAUUAUGGGCGCAUUGGUCACAAACGACGAGCAGAUUUACGAGCGGUUGAAGUUUCUGCAAAAUGCCACCGGAAUCGUGCCAUCACCGUUCGAUUGCUAUCUCGUCAAUCGCGGCCUGAAAACAUUGUCACUGCGCAUGGAGCGACACAAGACCAGCUCGCUAGUGGUCGCCCGAUUCCUCGAAUCGCACCCAAAAGUCGAGCGAGUACUGCACCCGGGACUUCCCUCCCAUCCGCAACACGAGCUGGCAAAGCGCCAAACGUAUGGUCACAGUGGCAUCAUGUCGUUCUAUAUUCGCGGUGGGCUGGAAGAGGCCACCACCUUUCUGAAAUCGUCACACAUGUUCACAAUUGCCGAGAGCCUGGGG